AUGCAAAGAGCUAUCAGUCGUCAUGAUACUUAUUAUUCCAGACGGCAUCCAUAUCCUGCGGAGGAACUGAGUGACGAUAGUUUUGAUCAGUUGCAAACUCCACAAGUCAACUCAAAUAACUCCUCACAUCCGUAUCGCAGCUCUCUGUCUCAACUUCCACUCCUAAAUAUUAACGAAGGUCUGCAACAUUCACUCCCUUUACCACCGGUGCCACCACAUAGCUUUUCACAACGUGAUGGCAGUCUACAAACUCAUCCUUAUCAAUCACUGCUGCGAACACUACUAGAUACUAACGCCCCAUCAAAACUCGAAAAACAGGAAUCAAGCCAAACUAAUGAUUAUGAGUUGUCUGACUUUUCGAGACAGCCUACAGAACGACAGCAGGAUUAUUAUGGUAACUAUCGAAACCCAUUCAUUGAAAAUGCCUACCACCAAAGCUCCACUGAUUUGCCAGAACGUUCAGCAACAAAUCCAUUUGAGGUUAAUGAUGAGGAUAUGCAAGAACCACAUCAUAAGAGGAAAGAACCGGAAUCUGAUUUGGAGAAAAAGAUGAGGCGUAAUGAGAGAAAUCGACUUCGUACGCUUCGAAGCAAGCCACGAUUCCAUUAUACUAAGCUACCUUACUUUACCAUGAUUGUCACACUAAUACAGGUUAUCGUGUUUAUCGUUGAACUAAUAAAAAUGGCAAUUCUUACUGGGUCCGGAUUUCAAACCAAACCAUAUUUCAAUCCAAUGUUGGGUCCAUCGACAUACUUAUUUAUAAACAUGGGAGCACGUUAUAUUCCUUGUAUGCAUCGAAUCAAGGGAGUCACUGAUGAUACAUCAAUUCUUUUUCCAUGUGCAAACUCAACAUCAGAAGAUACUUUUACUUGUUCAUUGAGCGAUUUAUGUGGAUUAUCAGGAUUACCAACGUACGAUGACGGAGAGAAAUAUGCACCUAAUCAAUGGUAUAGAAUUUUUAUUCCUAUUUUCCUACAUGCCGGGUUUCUUCACAUCAUAUUCAAUUUGUUGUUGCAAUUAACAAUGGGUGCUUCGAUUGAGAGAAAUAUUGGGAUCUUAAAGUACGCAAUCAUUUAUAUCGCCAGUGGGAUUUCUGGAUUCCUUCUUGGUGCCAACUUUACACCCCAAGGGAUAGCCUCAACUGGAGCUUCAGGUGCUCUUUUUGGUAUAGUGGCUACAAACAUAAUCUUAUUUAUAUACACGGGGAGAAAAAAUACGAACAUGUAUGGAACUACCCAUUACAAACUAUUUAUAUUUUUCAUGAUAUGUGAAAUUGUCAUAUCUUUAGUACUAGGAUUACUUCCAGGACUAGACAAUUUUAGUCACUUGGGUGGCUUUGCUAUGGGAAUACUUACUGCAGUGUUGCUACUAAAAGAUCCCUUUUGGGUGUACAAAGAUGGAAUCAUCACGUACACUCGAGACCCAACCACAUGGCAACAGUUUGUCAAUAAUUGGAAUCCCAUGUAUGCUUAUGAAGACAAGUUGCAAGUUCCCUUUUUGCUUUGGUGCGGAGCUAGAGUUGUUGCUUUGGCUUUGAUCAUUGUUUAUUUUGCUCUUCUUUGCAAGAACUUUUUCAAUGAUAAUUAUGAUCUGUCUGAAAACUGCAAAUGGUGCAAGUAUUUCAAUUGUAUUCCGGUUAAAGGAUGGUGUGAUAUUGGUGAAGUUACAGUUACUUCGGGUACGUCGACUCCUACAGGAUCGGCAUCAGCCCAUCAAACAACGAUCCCAACAGAAGUAUACUCAACAGCAGUGUAUACGACAUCUGUUCCUCAGACUACCGCGGGCAGUAGUAACAGUGAGGGUUCUAAUGGUGAGUUUAAACGACAAGUUGAAGCAUUUGAAGUGCCCAUUGAGCCAGAUAGUGCGAGAAGAGUAGCUUCCAAUGACUUUAAACAGCAGGUUGGAGUCGGAGUUGGGUUGUAUUUUACACUUUUGCUCUUCACUGUUGCCUUUAUGAAGAAAAAGAAGAUUAUUUAG